AUGGGCAUUCAGACCACUGUGGACACCACGGGCCAUGUGCGUUUGAUCAAGCAGAAGAGCAAGGGCGACAUGCCACAGAAUACAGAGCAGCUCCGGACAACUUUGAGGAUUGAGGGAAACAUGUGGUGCUUCUUGGGCACUAAGUACAAGAACAAGGUCUUCUUCCAGGGCAUGACGCCUGAGAUUUGGCUCACCUACUCCAACUACUUGCUCGGGGAGAAGUGCUAUCUUAUGCAGGUGCCAACCCCAGGAAAGGGCAAGGGCAAGACGGAUCUUUCGGCCCUCCGUCCUCCAUGGAUCGUUGUCUUGAACUAUGAAUAUGAGAUGCGUCGAGAAGCAGUUAAAAGAGCAAGCCGUGAAAGUCGUUCUCUGCAUGAUACUCUCAUGGAGGUGAUGAAAGAUUUCCAAUUGAAAGAGCAGUACUUUACGGCUCCCAUCGCCCUCUCUGCCCGAGAAUCAUCUCCUUGGAAGAGGCAGCAGUUCUGGGAUCAAGACGAUAACAACAAAUGGCAGAAGAAUGACGGCAAAGGCCCAUGGAGAGGAAGAGGAAAGAAUGGAAAGGGGAAGAAGGGGGAGAAGGGCGAGAAGGGCGACAAGGGUCCGCGGCUGCUAUGGACCGCAUCCAACGUGGAAGCAUUGGCAGGACUACUUCGCCAA